AUGGCCGCCGCAGUUCAGCCAAAUGCGCCAGUGCCAGUCAACGGCGGCCCUCGUCCUAUGACACCGAACCCUCCGCAACAGAAUGAAUUGCCUCUACCUCCAGUUCCUUCGACAGAUGUUCAACGAGAAGAGUUGGAUCCGGCGUCCAGAGAGAGGGUGCAACUUGUUCUCUCUUCAGACAUUGGCAUGAGCACCUUGCUGAACCGGUUGAAACAAAGCAUCAGCUCUACAAGAGACUUUGCGACCUUUCUGAAGGAACGAUCGACGUUGGAAGAGAAACAUGCACAGGGCCUGAAGAGACUUAGUCGGACCACGCACGAUUCGAUAGGAAGGCCCGACAGCAGACAAGGAACGUUUGCUCAAAACUGCAAGGAGAUGACCAAUAUUCACGACCGAAUGGCAGACCAUGCAAUCCAGUAUGCCAGUACAGUAUUUGGAAUGGCCGAGGAACUGUUUGAACUAGCUUCCAAUUCCGAGAAGGCGCGGAAAUAUUGGAAGCAAACUGGCGGGAACGCUGAAAAGCGUGUGCAAGACGCAGAAGCCGCCAUGGAGAAGGCCAAAUAUCGAUACAAUUCGUUGGCGGAGCAGUACGACCGCGCCAGGACCGGCGAAAAGCAGUCUGGUAAGUUUGGCUUGAAAAGGUCUGCUGCCCAAAUGGAAGAAGAGCUCCGACACAAACUUGAAGUUGCCGACGCGGACUACUCGGCCAAAGUCGAAGCUGCACAGAGUCAGCGGAAUGAAUUGUUGAGCACUCUCAGACCCCAAACGGUGAAUGCGCUCUCAGAACUCAUCAGGGAGACUGACGCUGGCCUGAGUCUGCAUGUGCAGAAAUUUGCCAGUCUCAGUGAAAAGCUACUCUUGGGGUUUGGUCUCUGCAUAACCCCUAUCAAAGGCCCCUCGCCAAUUCCAGGUUCCAAGAGUCUACGUGAGUUAGCCUCGGGCAUUAACAACGAGAAAGAUUUCGCCGAUUUCGUCCUUGGAUUUAGCAACAAGGCUCCGACGAGACCGGACGAAAUUAGAUAUGAACAGCAUCCUUCACUAUCGCCGAAACAACAGCAGCCUGGGUAUCCAGAUCAGUAUUACAAUGAAGAUUCUUAUGCUCCGACCCACGGAAGGCAAGUUUCGGGAGUCACUCCUUAUCCAGGCGAGGAAUAUUACGACGAUGGUUCUCAGUAUCAACCAGAAAAUCCAGCGCCUGGACAGACCCCUCAGCAGAAUCAGCAGAUGGUAAGGCCUCAAGGUGCUCAAGGGUCUGGACCCCAAAUCGUUAGGGCCGCCCCAGGUCAGGCUCCAGGGGCCGGUCAUGUCCGCAACGUGUCUUCAAUGUCUCAAGGGCCGCCGGCUCCUGGUCAGCAACCAAUGAUGCAACAGCAACAAGCCCCGGGAACUCAACCAAAUGGUCAAGGUGCACCGCCUCAGCAGGGAAUGGGUCGAGGUCUGCCGUCACAGGGUAUGGGACGAGGACAAGCGCCGCAAGGUAUGCCGCCGCAAGGGAUGGGCCGUGGGCAAGCACCACCAGGCGUAAUAGGACGAGGACAGCCGCCUCAAGGAGCGCCCGGCUCAGGCCAAGCACCACCAGGCGCAAUGGGGCGAGGACAGCCGCCACAAGGAGCCCCUGGCCCAGGUCAAGCACCUCAAGGCGCGAUGGGACGAGGACAACUGCCUCAAGCAGGUCCUGGCCAAGCACCACCAGGUGCAAUGGGACGAGGGCAGCCGCCUCAAGGGGCCCCUGGCCCAGGCCAGCCACCUCAAGGUGCAAUGGGAAGAGGCCAAGUGCCGCCAAAUGGCGCUGGUCGGGGUCAGGCACCGCAAACCGCCAUGGGACGUGGGCAACCUCCUCAGAAUGGAAUGGGGCGAGGAGCACCACCACCAGGAGGAUUCGGACGAGGUCAACCACCACAAGGUAUGGGUCGAGGGCAAGCGUCUGCUGGUCCUCAGGGCGCCGGCCGUGGGAUCGCUGGCCCAGGACCGGGCGGGCCUCAGAAUGGCGCACCUCGUCCAGGUCCUCCUGCUGGUGGUGUCAGUGUGCUUCCGUCGCAAGCCCAAGCAGGUCCAAGACCGGGCCCGCCCAUCCGACCGGUUUUCGGAGUGCCUCUAGACGAGCUGUUCCAACGAGAAGGAUCUGCUGUGCCGAUCAUCGUCAUGCAGUGUAUUAAAGCUGUAGAGCUAUUCGGACUGGAUGUUGAAGGCAUCUACAGAACUUCUGGUUCGACAAAUCAGAUUAUGGAGUUAAGACAGCAAUUUGAUCAUGAUGCCAAUUCAAUCGACCUCCGCAACCCAGCAGCUUUUCACGAUGAUAUCGCGUCGGUCACCACACUCCUCAAACAUUUCCUCCGCGAUCUUCCAGAUCCGUUGCUCACAGCAGCGCAGUACCGGGACUUUAUCCAAGCCGCCAAAAUAGAAGAUGAUAUCGUGCGAAGGGACUCAGUUCAUGCCCUCGUCAAUGCCCUGCCUGAUCCCAACUAUGCAACUCUCAGAGUACUGGCCAUUCACCUGCACAAAGUUGCACAGCACAGUGGCCAGAACAAGAUGACCAACAGCAACCUAGCAAUCGUGUUUGCUCCGACAUUGAUGGGACAGCAAGGUGGCACGAAUGGAAAUGCAGCCGGGGGUGCUGAUAUAGCAGACGCUGGGUGGCAGGCAAAAGUCGUGGAGACUAUUCUCAAUAACACCUUCCAAAUCUUUGAUGAGGAUGAAGCCGCAUAG